AUGCGCGACGCCAACGACAUGGGCUACGAGUGCCUGCUGCUCAGCGACUGCACGGCCGCCACCGCCGCCGCCAACCACCUGGCCGCCUGCGACAUGGUCAAGAAGCAGGGGGGCGUCUUUGGCGCCGUCGCUGACUCGGGCGCGCUCCUCGCCGCCAUCGAGAAGCUGCCCGCGCCCGCCGCGCCGCCGGCGCCGCCGCCGGCAGCGGCCUCGCCGAUCGCCACCGUGGCGGCGCGGCCCUACCCGUACAGCCUGCCCCUUGCGUCCACCGCCGUCAUCAUGAUCGACUUCCAGAAGGACUUUAUGCUGAAGGGCGGCUUUGGGGACACACUCAAGAACGACGUCGGCCUGCUCAUGGAGUGCGUCCCCGGCGCGCAGCGCCUGCUGGCUGUGGCGCGCGCCGCCAAGCUGCCCAUCGUGCAUACCCUGGAGGCCCACAAGCCCGACCUGUCUGACCUGCACACCAGCAAGCUGACGCGGGGCAACCUGCCAGAGGAGCUGAGGAUCGGGGCGACGGGGGCGAUGGGACGGAUCCUGGUGGCGGGAGAGGAGGGCAACUGGAUCAUCGACGAGCUCGUGCCCCUGCCCGGAGAGGAGCUGGUGCACAAGCCCGGCAAGGGCGCGUUCUAUGCUACAGGGCUGGAGCCCUAUCUCAAGAGCAAGGGCAUCACGCACCUGCUCUUUGCCGGCGUCACCACCGAGGUGUGCGUCCAGACGACGAUGCGCGAGGCCAACGACCGCGGCUACGAGUGCCUGCUGGUGACGGACGCGACCGCCUCGUACUUCCCGGCCUUCAAGGACGCGGCCAUAGAGAUGAUCGUGGCGCAGGGUGGCAUUGUUGGGUGGGCGGCGGACUCGGUGGCGUUGGAGGAGGCCCUGAAGCAGGCAGACACCGCUUGA